CAAUUCAGUUUUGAACGUUCACAAAGUGCUUUCCGUUGUUUUCAUUGAAAAUUUAAUAAAAAAAAUUCGCUCAACUAAUCGUGUUUGCAUAAUGCGUCGCAGUAGUGCUCCAUCGAUGAAAGGAUUUUCCAAACCGGAAUCGGUCGGACCGCGAAAACCCGGUUCGUUACAGGUACCGAUAGAUAACGCAGACCAAACUGUUGUUGAUCUGUUGCUCAGUGCGGAAAAUCAUGCUCACGUUUUGAAGAAUCUAGCGGCAGUUCGAAAGCCUAAAACAGCGGACUCAAGUGUGGGAUCCGCGGAACCUACCGUCGUCAGCAGCGUAGCAAAUUCGAAGACACGAUUCAACGUUGUCUGGGGAAAGAUAAGUACCAAGAAACACAAAACCUGGGAAAGGGAUGGAACUCUCGAACUAUGUGGGCGCUCCGCCACUUUGAGGGAUGAAGAAGGAAAAGUAAUAGCUAACUCGACCGGCAUCAAAGUGGACACGGUUGAGGAAGGAUCUCGUCUGAUUGUCGGAAGUAAGGAAGUAGAAGUCAUCGAAAAAAUCUUGUCCAAUGAUCGAACGGAAAAGAUGAAUUCAGAACAAACUGUUCCUGCCAAGAGGCCGAAACUCAACACUUUCAAACCACCUAAGCCUCGUGAAGUCCCGGGUGAGACUUCUUUUUCGGGAAAAUCGUUCAAGCAUGUUGGUGCUACGGAAGAAAUUCCAUCGGAUUUUGUACCGUUAGUGAUGCAACCACCGAGCUAUGAACACCAAUGGAAAUACAACCAGAAACAGGCUCCCGUAUCAGAUGUAACAGUUCCGUACUCCUUGGCCAAACAUCUGAGGUCACACCAAAGGGAGGGUAUCAGUUUUCUUUACGAGUGCAUUUUGGGCUUUCGGUUAACUGACUCGGAAAGAUUCGGGGCAAUCCUGGCCGACGAAAUGGGUCUUGGAAAGACCUUGCAAUGCAUUUCACUAAUCUACACGCUGAUGAAACAAGGACCUUACGGUCAACCGAUCCUGAAGAGGGUUCUGAUAGUAACUCCUAGCAGUUUGGUAGAAAAUUGGGACAAGGAAAUCAGCAAAUGGCUCACAACGGAGCGGAUCUUUACAUUCAUCGUGGGCCCGAACAACAAGCUUAGGAAAUACGUUCAGUCACCUCACAUUCCAAUAUUGAUCAUUUCAUAUGAACUACUAUCCAAACAAAUUGAAGAACUCGAUUCGGUCAAGUUUGAUCUCAUUGUCUGUGAUGAAGGACAUCGCUUGAAAAACAGUGAUAUCAAGGUUUCAUCAAUUCUAGAUGGGAUCGAGUGUCCCCGAAAAAUUAUACUCACCGGAACUCCAAUCCAGAAUGAUCUACAAGAGUUCUACUCGCUGAUAAACUUUGUAAAUCCAGGUCUUCUAGGCACAUACGCUGAAUUCAAAUCCAAAUAUGAGAAUCCAAUCAUUCAAUCUCAACAACCUGGCGUGCUUCCACAAUUUCGGGACCUCGGAAUGUCUCGGCUCGAGGAAUUAAACACUAUAACAUCGUCUUUCAUUCUUCGUCGUACGCAGGAAGUCAUCAACAAAUAUCUGCCAGAUAAACAGGAAGUGGUGGUCUUUGCUCACCCCUCUAAACUGCAGACGGAUCUUCUCCAUGCUGCUUUAUUAUUCUACGAUCAAUCUGGCCCCAGUGCCGUCUCGCCGCUUCAGUUGAUUACCAUCUUGAAGAAAAUCUGCAAUCAUCCUUCACUUAUCUCGACUACGGAAAAAAGUGAUAACGAAUCCCUGACCAAACUACUUAACGACAAACUACCACCGUGGCAAAACAUGGGACCAACCGAUUCGGGUAAACUUGGUGUUCUUGAUUCUUUGCUCGAAAAUCUAAUAGAACGUCAGGAAAAGGUUGUAAUUGUUUCAUACUAUAGCAAAACAUUAGACAUGAUCAUGGGCCUCUGUGAACAUUACAAUUACAAAUUCUGCCGACUGGACGGAUCAACUCCAUCCCACGACAGGUGCAAGAUUGUUUCCAGCUUCAACAACCCAUCUUCGGAUACAUUCAUCUUCCUGCUGAGCGCAAAAGCAGGAGGGAUAGGUUUAAAUUUGAUCGGCGCUUCCCGUUUGGUUCUGUACGAUAACGACUGGAACCCGGCAAGCGAUCUACAAGCCAUGUCCCGUAUCUGGCGCGACGGACAAACGCAAAAAGUAUUCAUCUACCGACUAAUAACGGCCUUCUCUAUUGAGGAAAAAAUCUAUCAACGGCAGAUUUCGAAAACUUCUCUGAGCGGAACGGUCGUCGAUCAGAAGCAAAAGUUGAGCAAUCUCAAAUUCUCAAAUGAAGAAUUGAAGGAUCUGUUCUCACUAGUCGAAGAAGGUGAUGAUUGUCUUACACACCAAAUGCUAAAUUGUGACUGUCAGGGCAUAGGCCAUGUACCAGAACCUACGAGCAACUCGAGUCAGGAAGACAACGUGCAAGCCUCACCGGAACGAAGUAGAUUUCAAAUCAGAUUUACCAAGACAAAACCCAAAAAACCGAAAUAUUCCCUCAAGAUGCAAGAGCUGAUGCGCUGGGAACAUUACCGUGCUCCAGUUGACAAAAACGUUCUACAGGAACUCUCGUUGGCUGCGUGUUCAGAUAACAUUAUUUUCAUAUUCCGUAAUAAAGUCAACCAGUUCGAACAACAACUACCACCGUCGUAAAAGGUAACUCUAAUACACGUUGUUUUUUACAAUUUAGAAAAGAAAUGCCAUCAAUCUUUAUUCAUCGUUCUCAAGAUAGAUGU